CAACUUAAGAAAAAAUUCACCAUAUAACCGACCAAACCAUGAAUAUACAAAUUAUUCAAAAAUGUAAUCAUACACAAAUUAAAGUUGCCAAACUUCCAAGAAUCACACAUAUAAUUAUAUAACACGCAAUUGACUCAGCCAGCCACUGCUCACAUGUUAUAAUCUUCAAAUAUAAACCAUACUCCCAAAUCCCUAUAUAUAUAUAUACACCUUAUGUUACAUUUUUAUUAUACCAUAACUUUCACUUUAAAACCUUCCAAUAAUAUUUCAAUAUACAAAAUCAAAUUCAAACAACAAAAAUGGAGAGGAACAACACUAGAAUGGUACGUAUAGAUGAAGACGAGCUUGAAUGCUUAAGGAAAUUAGCAGAGCCAAUUGUUCAAUCUAGAAUUGUACGUAUAGAUGAAGACGAGCUCGAAUGUUUAAGGAAAUUAGCAGAGCCAAGUACUACUGAUCGUGCAUAUCGUCAAAAGGUUACGCCUGUUACUAAUACCAAGUCUAGAUUGUCUAGCAAUAAUAAUGAUGAUAAUAAGAUUUUUGUUCAUGAUGAUGAAUUUUUUCAUCGAGUAGAAAAAAAAGUUGUAACGCAAGUGCCUGGGAAAAAACUAGAGAGUAAGAAAUCUGAAGAUAUAAAUGAAAGUGCUGAGAAAUUUAUUCAGAAAUUUAAGCAGCAAUUGCUUCUUCAACGUCUCGAAUCGAUUGAAAAUGUUGAGAAGAUGCUUGAAAGAGGGCUCUGAGAUACACUACAAACAGAGGAUCUGUGUUUUUGGGUGCUUGAAUUAUUAUUUGAUUGAUUAUGUUAAUAAUUUAUUCAUUUUAAAGUUUUAAGUUUACGUAAUUACUUGUUUUUUCUGCAUGUUUGUUAAUGUUAUAAAUGUAUGAAAUAGUAUUAAUCAAGCAUGUAAAGUAGAUUAUUCUUUUGUUGGGUAUAAUGAUUUCUGGUUACUAAAGCUUGUAUUAAAUUUUCAGAAUUCAAGAUAUCAUCUACUACUAUGAUAUUACUAUUUAGUACCAUUAUUUGGUGGUGUUUUGGAGUCUAUCUUCCUA